AUGGAACAUGAUUACAACGAGCAGGAUAAUUACACAGACUACCAGGAUGAAUUUUCCGACCCGGUCGUUUGGUCGGCCGGCUUGGCCUCGGUGGCCAUUUACACGAUCGCUUUCUCAGUCGGAAUCCCAGCAAACCUCUAUGUGCUCUUCCGGAUGCGGCGAUUAGCCCGAAACGAUGUCGAGCGAUACCGUAACGGGACGGGUAUCGCCUUGUGCUCAAUGGCAGCCGCAGAUCUAUGCAGUUUGCUCUUGAUCGGGGCCCAGAAUCUGCUCAACUUCACCCCAGAGCCCGAUGCGACGACGGACUGGAUGAUGCGGAAGGGCGUUUGCAAGGCUCUGCUCUUUCUUACUCACACGAUUACCGGGAUCUCCAUCUGGUCCUGGCUGCUCCUCUCAUCAUUACGAUACCUCGCAAUCUGCCACCCCCUCUACCACCUCCGCCUCUGGCAGAUGCCCUAUCGAGCGUUGGCAUUUAUUGUGUCAAUGUCCAUCUUCUUGAACGUCUGGCUACUCGUAGCAGUAGAUGCGGACGGCGGAGGCUGUACACAGGACUUUCUGCUUCCAUUAAUCCGCGAAAGAGCUCUGAAUUUGCAGGUGCCGUUAAUGAAGAACUCCGCAACAGCCAAUCGCCUCUUCCACAUCGUGGAGUGCGUCUGGUCAUUCAUAAUCCCGUGCUUUGUCAUCGUCGUCAUGGACACGUCGGUGGUGCUGAAGAGCACGUCCUUUACGUGGUUCUUGGAGACCGAGAAAACCGGAAAGGAUAAGCGGAGAAGAAGCGCCCUGGAAGAGAUCAUCAAGCUGACGCGAUCAAACUCUGGACGGGCCCGCCAACAGCGCGCCCUGUGCCGAUGGCUGUUGAUCGCGCUGGUGUGCGUCUUGUUGAAUACCCCGGAGAACACGUUACGCCUAAUUACGCUGUUCGGGAUGCCGGAUUUCCAGAAUAGCGGCUGGCAUCUGUCGGCGAGGAUGUUGGCGCAGGCGUUGUAUUUUAGCCAGUUCGCCUUCAACGCCAUAUACCUGGCGCUGUUUGUCUACGACAAGAGCAGCAGAUCGAAACAUGUACACGACGGGAGCAACUACAACUCCCACGCAAUCCACCUAAUAUUCGCCGAGGCGUUCAUGCAGCACUUUGCCGCCCAUGCAACAAGUCCCCGGUCGAAGCGGGCUAAAAUGGAGUAUGCUUUCAGUUCUGCCGCCCCUGCUGAGGUCCCGGAGAGCAUCUACAUGCUGCGAAAGUCCGCCACAUCAACCGAGGGUGCA